CUCUCUCACUGACUGACUUCCUCCUUUCAGUUUUACCGGACUCUGUGGGGAUCAUUGAGAUACAACUUGACCCAAGUUAUCUGUCAGCGACGAUACUGUGAGCAGAGUCUGAGAAUGGCCAGUGAGUCCUUCCUCACUUUGGUUUUCCUUCUGUCCUCUCUCUGGCCGUGCCAGGGGUCUGUACAGCCUGACAGGUGGAACAUGCAGUUCGGCUGUUUUGCGGCAGAUGAUCCCAGGUUCCCGGAGUUGGUGUGUGAGCUCCAGGUUGAAGGUAGACCCUUCAUCUACUAUGACAGCAGCUUGCCAGACAUCCAGUUCCUGGCCCCGGGUUUCGAAGACUACCGCGCGAUCCUGACAGAAUUCACACAAGAUCGUGACAGGACUGUGGCGUCGCUACGGAGAGCAUUGGCCAUAGCGGCCGUGGUGACCAAUCAUUCGAACAGCCCAAACGAAGUGGGCGAGAUCUUCCUGUACCCGGAGAGGCUGGUGGAGUGGGGCCAGCCGAACGUUCUGGUCUGCCUGGUGACUGGGCUAUUCCCCCCCUCCGUUGCCGUCAGCCUGCAUUUGGAUGGCGCCCCCCUCGGCUCCGACGUCAACUCCUCAAGGAUCUUCUUUGGCGAGGGAUGGCGAUUCCAGGCAUUAUGGUACGCUCACAUCCGACCGGGCCCCGGGCACCUGUACUCCUGUGUCGUGAGGCACAACAUCAGCCGAGAGGAGAAAGUGGUCUUCUGGGAACCAGAAACCGGCGAUCUCUGGGAAGAAUCUGCCCUGGAUUCGGGUCAACUAGCCGUGUUAGUUUGUGGGCUGCUAUUUGGGGUGGUGGGAAUAAUAGCUGGGAUCUUGCUGUGCUGCUGGCGGCCGUUGGUAAAUAUCUGGAAUUGUCUGAUUGUCCGAGUGCCUUCCUGCUUAUGUCACUCGAGCUCGGCCUGAGGAUGUUUCGGGGAGGGGGUGUGAUCUGCCCCAGCCUUUUCCAAAGAGACACCCUCUCUUCCCCCCAUCCCCAGGACGGUGAACGCUAGGUCUGAGAGAGUGUCGCUCUCUCUGCUGUCUCCUCUCCCCACCCCCACCGUUCCCCCCCCAACCUGCUCCUCCACCUCUCCUUUAGCCCUCCCUCCCGACCUUUCCCACCAUCUUGGAGGUGACCCUGCAGAUCCCUGUCACACCCCCACACUCACCCCCCACCCCCAACCUUCGCUCUCCCGCCAGACAAUCGCUGUGGGGUAUGGAUUGGAACUGAGGACAGGGGCAGGUUUGGGGUCAGACACAGGGUCAGGGUCAGGUUCAGAGCAGGGUCAGGGUCUGAGACAGGGUCAGGGUCAGGGUCAGGGUCUGAGACAGGGUCAGGGUCAGGUGAGGUUCAGAGCAGGGUCAGGGUCAGUGUCCACUUUGUGGUCAGGGUCAAGAUUAAGGUUGUGAUCAGCGUCAGCAGUCAGGCAAUGUCAG